AUGAUCGUCUUAUCACUCAAGGUCACAAUCUCCUCUACAGCUCAACAACGAAAUAACUCGAUUGAACUCGACCAAGAUGAGGUUGACCGAGUUCUACAAGACAUCAAAGACGAGGAUGAUAAGCACAUCAAGUAUUGCAAGAAGGCUAUUAAAGACAUGGAUUACUCGGACGAAGACGACGACAGCGUGAUUUUUGAAACGGAAGAGUCGUUGACAUUUCAUCUUAAUUUGCCUGGAGUUGACUUUAAGGAUAUCAAAAGUGCGUCGGCGCCGCCAUUAUCUGUUAAGAUUUCCGGUAGUUGUGGACCUUGCAUGCCUGAACACCUGAUUACAAGUACUAGACAGUGUCCAUCUGACUGUUUUGAAAGCAUCAUUGCGUUGAAACAUAUGGUGGACAUUCGGAAUGCCAGCGUCAAGUACGAGAAUGGGGUAUUGAAGGUCAACCUGCCAAAGGAAACUGGACAAGAGAUCCCUAUCACAUUCACACAUUAA